AUCUAUCCCCUAAAAAAAAAAAAAAAAAAAACUACUCUACAGUCUAAUACUAGAUUUUCUCAGUCAAAAACUCCAUACAUUUUUCGCCAAUUCGAAUCUGAAAUUUCGUGUUUUCUCUCUCAUCUUCCUCGUGCUCGAAUUGCAGAAGCUCGUUGCAGAUUAAAUUUUCAAGUGUUUGUCAUCCCUGGCCCUGGCCGCCCCUCUUGCCCUUGCUCAGGGACGGGCCUGCAUACAUAACGCUAUAACAGGAGACAACAAUCAGCAUGGGACUACUUUGCAGCAGGCAUCAACAUUCCAACAAACCUGAUCCAGAAAAUGCCCAGGUACAGGCUGCAGAGAUUGAAAGAAGGAUUGAGCGAGAGACUAUUGCUGAAAAGCAUAUACAGAAGCUCUUAUUACUUGGUGCUGGAGAAUCUGGCAAGUCUACCAUUUUUAAGCAGAUUAAACUUUUAUUUCAGAUGGGAUUCGAUGAAGCCGAGUUGAAGACAUAUACUCCUGUUGUUCACGCCAAUGUUUAUCAGACAAUAAAAUUAUUGAUUGAUGCUUCCAAGGAAUUUGCUCUUAGUGAAACAGAUUCUUCAAAGUAUAGCUUGUCCAUCCAUAAUAAGGAAAUUGGAGACAAGCUCUUGGAAAUUGGUGGCAGGUUGGACUAUCCAUGUCUCACUAAAGAACUUUCUGAGGAUAUAGAAAAACUAUGGAAGGAUCCGGCUAUUCAGGAAACUCAUGCUCGUGCUAGUGAACUUCAACUUCCAGACUGUGCUAAUUUUUUUAUGGAACACCUGAAAAGGCUGUCUGAUGUUAAUUAUAUUCCUACAAAGGAAGAUGUUCUAUAUGCUAGAGUCCGCACAACAGGUGUCGUUGAGAUCCAGUUCAGUCCAGUAGGAGAAAAUAAGAAAAGUGGUGAAGUAUAUAGACUUUUUGAUGUUGGAGGCCAAAGAAAUGAACGAAGAAAGUGGAUCCAUCUUUUUGAAGGUGUUACAGCAGUAAUCUUUUGUGCUGCUAUAAGCGAUUAUGACCAAAUGCUCUAUGAAGAUGAGAACAAGAAUCGAAUGCUUGAAACAAAGGAGCUCUUUGAGUGGGUCCUGAAGCAGCGCUGCUUUGAGAGAACAUCCAUCAUGCUUUUCCUCAACAAGUUUGAUAUUUUUGAGAAAAAGGUUCAUAAUGUUCCAUUGAAUACAUGCGAAUGGUUUAAGGAUUACCAGCCAGUUUCUUCUGGAAAGCAAGAAAUUGAGCAUGCCUAUGAGUUUGUGAAGAAGAAAUUUGAGGAGCUGUAUUACCAAUGCACUGCGCCUGAUCGUGUUGAUCGAGUUUUCAAGAUAUACAGAACGACUGCUCUUGACCAGAAGCUUGUGAAAAAGACUUUUAAACUGCUCGACGAGACUUUGAGAAGGAGAAACCUUGUUGAGGCAGGUUUGUUGUGAUAUAGAGAGUCGUAUUUUGGUGUGAGUUCUGUUAAUAUAUUUGAUUAGAGGCGGUCUGGGGAGCAUAUUUUCAAGUGUCAAUUAACCAAAAGAGGGACUAUAUUUUUGACACCAAAAUGUGACUACUGUCAUUAUACUACAUUACAUCUAGAGAUUAUAUUGUUUACUCCCACAUUACAUUGAAUUCUGUUUUAUACAUUGGCUUGCCUCCACCCUGUCGGAGGGCCAGAAUACUUUGUAGCUAAAUGAAGAAUUUUUAUCAGAAGAUUAUUUAGUGACAGCUAAAAAUCCUAAUUGCAUAUAUAUAUUACCUAUACUAAUGUAUAACAA